AUGUCUUUAAAAAGAAAAUCAGAUAGUCAACAGAAGAGUGGUGGUAAUAACAAUAAUACCAAUGAUGGAAAUGGUGGUGGUGGCGGCGGUGGCGGUGGUGUCGUUUCUAUUGGUAAUGAUAUAGUUGCGUUACAAGCAUCGUUGUUGAGUAGACCCGCUCGAAAGCAGUCUAGUAAUUUGAACUCACGUUAUGAAGAUCACGAUACAGAUACACAGGAAUAUAAUAUAUGGUAUCACAAGAAGCUUGGAAAGAGAAACUGGCGAGACAGAGACGUUAGUGAUGCGAGAUGCAACGUACUCAAAGACUGUGGAAAAACUCGUGCCUCGAAAGACUCUUAUUUCUGUCUGCAUUUUGCACGUGGUCGAUGUGUCAACGGUGUCGAAUGUACCUACCUACACCGUGUACCAACACCGAACGACGACAAACGUCUAGUACUGACACACGACAUCUUUGGCCGUGAAAGAUUCAGAGAUGAUCGUGAAGAUAUGGGUGGUGUCGGUAGUUUCAGUAGAGAUAAUAGAACAUUAUAUAUUGGUGGAUUGAAAUCGAAUCAAAAUCUUAAUCAAUUGGAGGAUAUGAUUAGACGUGGUUUCGAAGAGUGGGGUUCCAUCGAGUACGUAAGAGUUAUUCUUAAUAAAUCGAUUGCUUUUGUUCGAUAUAUGUAUAGAUCCACCGCUGAGUUUGCAAAGGAGGCAAUGGCCGAUCAGACACUCGACAAUGGUGAACUGCUGAAUGUUAGAUGGGCAACCGAAGAUAGCAAUCCAUUGGCAAAGCAAGCCGACGAGAGAAACUUACAUCGUGUAGCAACAGAGGUUGUCAAUAAAAGACUAAGAGAGAUGGCCAACGACGAUCAAGCUGCUCUUCAAUUCCAAAUGUCUGGUGUAUAUCCUAACACCGAUGGUCAAUAUGAUCCAAAUUUAUUACAACAACAACAACAACAACAACAAAUGUAUCAGUAUCAAUAUGCAACUAGUCAACGAUAUGAAAUGCAUCCUUAUGCUAGGAGAUAUAAUCAACAACUUCAAGAGAGACAGAAACAAGGUGAUGCUGCCGAUGUCCAACCACUGAGUAAUCAAGUAGGAAACUAUUAUGGUCAUACACCUAAUGAAAUGAAUAUGAGCAACGAUCAAAAGAAACAGUACGAUGAAUAUCUUAAGAAUUAUUAUCAAUAUUAUGGCUUUGACUAUACUCAAUUGACAGAUGAACAAAAACAACAGAUACAACAAUAUUCACAGGCUUAUUAUGGUGUAUCUUCAACAAAAACAACAACAACCGACAACAAUACUAAUAAUAAUAAUAAUAAUCAAGAGAAAGAAGAUAAAGAAGAAGAAGAAGAAGAUGAUGAUGAUGAUGAGGAAGAAGAUAACAACGAACAAGAAUCAAACAAACAAGAAAACAACAACAAUAAUAAUGAAGAUAACAAAGAUAAAGGUGAAGAAGAGUAA